AUGCUUUCCACCAAUGUUAUGGAUCACCCACCCACAAAUGACAACAAAACACCACCACCCAAGGCACGUCUUGCAACCACUGCCUACCCACAGCACCCAUUUAUCACAUCACCACCCAACAGCAGGAUGUCUGACGAGCUUGCCUCCAAGGAAGAAAUAAAGGCAGUAUUUGACAAGUUGCAAAAGAUCCCGCUCAAUAAACAAUGCUUUGACUGCCCAAAUAAAAACCCUACGUGGACUUCGGUGCCAUUCGGGGUGUUCCUAUGUCUAGAAUGCUCUGCCGUCCAUCGUAACAUGGGGGUCCACAUUUCUUUUGUUAAAUCUUCUAAUUUGGAUAAAUGGUCCCGUUUCCAAUUACGCGGUAUGAAACACGGUGGCAAUAAGGCCAUGAAGGACUAUUUCAUGAAACAUGGCGGACAAAAUCUUUUGUCAAGAGAUGCAAAACAAAAGUACACUUCCCAAGUCGCCCUCAACUACAAAGCAGAAUUGCAAAAGAAGGCCAAGAAGGACGAAGCAAGAUUCCCUGACGCGGUUUUGGCCGACGAAUCAGCGGUGUCAUCUGAAUCUUCUAGCAAUGCCAACACCCCUGCUAGCAGCAGUACCGAUGACUUCUUCUCCAACUGGGAAAAACCAGUUAGUAAAACUGCCCCAAUAAUCUCUAAAUCUCCAAGCCCAGAGCCUCAAAUCAACAAAAAAACAAUACCGGCACGCGCUCCUGUUCGUAGACAAGUUCUCAAGAGCGCCACAGGCGGGAAGAAACACAGCAUCCUCAGUGGGCCAAGCAGUAGAAAGACCAAGCUUGGCGCUAAGAAAUUAGCUGCUGAUGAGAUCGAUUUCGACGCUGCUGAAAAAGAAGCGAAACGUGAAGCUGAAGAAGCCCAAAAAUUGGGAUACAAUGUCAGAACUGAAGAACAGGAGGAAACAGGAAGAAACCUGAAAAGUCUCCCAAAAACUACAUUUUCUCCAACUUUAUCAACCGCGUCCAAGGAAUCUUUUGGUGCUCCAAAAGAGACCCCAACCGUUGAAUCUGUGACCCCAAAGCUUGCAAAGUUAGGAUUUGGUAUGGUCGGCAACAAGGCUCAAGCGGAGAGCUCAAACAGUACCAGGAAGACCGCUGACUACAAAUAUACUGGAGAAGUCAGUAAUAAAUACGGCACACAGAAGGCCAUUUCCUCUGACGAGUUCUUUGGAAGAAACAGCUUUGAUCCUUCGGUCAAACAAGAAGCACAACAGAAACUUCUGCAGUUCGGAGGUGCUUCUGCCAUCUCUUCCAGUGCCUACUUCGGGGAAGAAGAAGGAGCUAACCACCAGAACUCCAAUUCUGCUGACUCUUUCAAUAUUCGUGACCUUGAUAUCGAUAGUGCCGCUAGACAGCUUGCGAACACUUUCCAAAGCACCACAGGCCAAGAUGUGACGGUUUUGAAAGAUGCUUUGGAACAAGGUGCCAAUAAAUUGGGGGAUUAUUUACGUGACUACUUGCGUUGA